CUUUCUCUCAUCAUCACCAAACACAUUUCAUCUUGCUUCUUUUCCAUUUAGUUUUACGUGAUUAUUGCACGCAGGCACAUUUCGUAUCGUUCACGACGAUAUUCUCUCGUAAGGAUUUUAAAGACUCAGUGAGUGUGUGAGUCGUUGACAGGAAAUACGCACGCACACAUUGCCAUCUCCCUCUCUCCCCCAUCUCGCUUACGGGAAAUAACAACUUCUUAUUUUGAUAAAAGACGGACACAGACGCUCAACACAGUUCAACAGCUAGAACACUUCCCACAGACGAUAGUAAGCGUAAAAAGAUAUUCGACAUGGUCCCGCCUAGUCCAGUCUCCACUGGCGAGCAUUCCCUUCCUGUCGCAUCCGUCACCACAGUUCACGUAGAACCCCGUAUCGAUCCUUCCUCUACCAGAAGGCAGAGACUCUUGCAAGACCCCCCUAAACGUCAGGAAAAUAUUCACAUUGAAGAGGAACUCCAUUAUGAGGAUCGGGAUCACAGAUUCGCGCAUGGUCAUGGGGAGAGCCCCGAUACUUUUACUCUCCAGAGAAACAGAACCCUUUCCAUUUCCCAUACAAAUCUCUUUGCAGAGGCUGAAAAGCCCAGGACACUCGGAGACGAUCGCGCGUUUAGACGGAGACGACGCGGUUCGCAUGAUGAAAAAGUGGUUGGAAAGGCGAGAAAGUUUUUGAUUGAUGUGGAAGAGACUCAGCGGCUCAUUCUCGCCCAAGAAGACACGGACGGAGACUUUCAAAUUACGGUUCAAGACACUGGCCCCAAAUCCUUUCACCUUGGCACAGCGAACUCUAGCGGAUUCCGCAAGUACGAGAUCCGUGGAACGUAUAUGCUCUCAAACCUCUUGCAGGAACUGGCACUUGCGACGGAUUAUGGAAGGAAAUUUAUCGUCUUGGAUGAGGAUCGGUUGAAUGAGAAUCCGUUGGAUCGGCUGAGUCGGUUGAUAAAGUACCAUUUCUGGGACGGUUUGACACGGCGGAUUGAUGCUGAAGGUCUCGAAAUCAUUUGCAACGACCCAAAGAAUCGUUCACAGGACCAGAGACCACGCGUCUAUGUCCCCUACCACGACGACCUGGCCAUGGAAUACUACACGCAGGUCGCAGCAUCCCGCCCCCACCUGAACCUCGACAUUGUUCGCCUCCCAGAAAUCAUUUCUCCGCGGUACGUUAAAUCCUUAAACCAGCACCCCGGCAUUCUCUCCCUGGGACUGCGCAAAACGGUUGACCCGCGCAGUGGUAAAACCCAAAUUCGUGGGACGCCCUUUGUGGUUCCAGGCGGACGGUUUAAUGAGAUGUAUGGCUGGGACAGUUACUUUGAAGCGCUGGGACUCUUGGUGGACGGCCGUAUUGAAUUGGCGCGAGGAAUGGUGGAAAACUUUAAUUACGAGAUUGAGCACUAUGGCAAGAUUCUCAAUGCCAACCGAUCGUAUUACCUGACGCGCUCCCAACCCCCGUUCUUGACGGACAUGAUUGCCGAGGUUGCGAAGCGCUUACCUGAAAAGGGAUGGACACCUCCUGAACUCAAGGUAUGGCUCGCGCAAGGUUAUCGCGCGGCCAUCAAGGAACUCUUGAGUGUAUGGAUGGCCAGUCCGCGGUUGGACCCUGUGGUUGGUUUAUGCAAGUUCCAUCCUGAAGGCAUCGGCAUGCCCCCUGAAACGGAGGCAUCGCACUUUAACCAUAUUUUGGAACCGUAUGCGGAAAAGGCGGGCGUGUCAUUGGAAGAGUACAUGCGUAUGUAUAAUGAGGAUAUUAUUCAGGAACCGGAGCUGGAUUUGUAUUUUGUGCAUGAUCGGGCUGUACGUGAGAGUGGGCACGAUACCACAUACCGGUUUGAAAAACGCUGUGCCAAUCUGGCGACGAUCGACCUCAACAGUCUGGUAUACAAAUACCAGAUCGAUCUUGCACAUGUGAUCCAGGACGAUUUCGGAGGCCAGUUCAAACUCCGUGUGCGACGCGGUCCCGAUAAUGUCUUUUUGAACGGGUUCUUGUCGUGGGUUGAGAAUUUACGGGCCAAGGGUGUGGACGGGUCGAUUGGUAACAAUGGUGGAUGGGAGACGGGGUGGGCAAAGGGUAUCAUGGUCUGUGAUGAUGAGAUGGACGCCGAGUACCGGCAGUGGGUCCAAGAUGGGAGUGUUCCGCACCCUACCUCUGAGACGGACAGCGAAGUUCCGACCUACACCCUCCCCCCCGACGCACCGUACUUUUACGUUACGUUUACACCCCGCCUUUUUUCGCUCCUCUCUCGUCGGAUGCACACCUUGAUUGACACGUACCUCUGGAACCCGACGCAGAGCCUCUACUACGACUGGGACUGCGCUACGAUGGAGCAAUCCGUUUAUGAAACUGUAACCUGUCUCUGGGCCCUCUGGGCCGGAUGUGCCUCCGAAGCCCAAGCCAACGCCAUGGUUCCGCGCGCACUCGAACUUUUUGAAGUCUUUGGCGGACUUGUCUCUGGUACGGAAGAAUCCCGUGGCCGUAUUGGACUGGACCGUCCGAACCGACAAUGGGAUUACCCUUACGGAUGGGCCCCGCAUCAAAUCCUUGCCUGGCCGGGUCUUGUUCGUUAUGGUUUUACGACUGAAGCUCGCCGUGUAGCGUACCGGUGGAUGUACACCAUUACGAAAUCCUUUGUUGAUUUCAAUGGUGUCGUUCCGGAGAAAUUUGAUGUGGUGCAUUUGACGCAUAAAGUGAAUGUUGAGUAUGGGAAUGUGGGUGCUGAUUUCAGGUUUGUGGUUCGGGAGGGGUUUGGGUGGAUGAACGCUAGUUUUCAGUUGGGUCUAUCGUACCUUACGAAAAAUAUGCGGCGCGCGUUGGGAACUUUGACGCCUCCUGAGCAGAUGUUUGGACAGGCUGUUAUUGGCUUGGGUGUUGGGUAGAAUAUGAGAUUAUGACAUGGGACUCUCGUUGCAUGUGGAUUGGUGUGGGCGAGUUUUCUUUCUGUGUGUUUUAGAAUGUCUACGAUGGAGAGGCUUUCUUUCUUUGAAACUUUUGUGAAAGUGAGAGUUUACUGCUUGAACAGUGCCUUAGGGGUGCACCACUGCACUACGGUCGUUUCUCGAAAGGGCAAUGGGUACAUGUAUGCCAUACAUUUUCACACACGAUUAGGACAAUGAGAGCGAUGGGUAGAUCCUAGUCCAAAUGAACGAAAAUAUUUCACAACUCCAA